AUGGAUUUUUAUUUGGAGAUUGAUCCAGUUACCUUGAACCUGAUCAUACUGGUUGCUAGCUAUGUCAUCCUGCUUUUGGUUUUCCUGAUUUCUUGUGUGCUGUAUGACUGCAGAGGGAAAGACCCAAGCAAGGAGUACGCUCCAGAGAUUCCAGCGGAAACCCAGCCUCCGAUCCGGCUUGUUGUGAUGCAGCAAGGAUCCGGCAGCACCCGCUGGGCAAAAGAACUGGUCCCUGCUUAUGAAAAUGCCUCAGGUCCAGCAGGGAAAAGGACUACAGUGGUUUAA